AUGUCGGCCCCAAGGGAGCUAAGCCGACUGUGUCGGUCAGCAGGGAUCAUCCUUGUCUUGACCUUAGUGUGUCUCCCUUUCACAGAAGCGACCUGUUCCUACCCAAGCGACCUCAAUGGAGUAUGGUAUUCCAGUGAUUUCGGAGAAGUUACCUUUACUUCCAGUGCCUUCACCACUAAAUAUAGUGUCUCCACAUUUGGUGUACAAACCUUUACGUGCACAGAGAAUUCAAACAACUACUACCUCGCGGUAUCCAACAGCUUCCCCUAUCUGGGUGUGUCACUACAGCUCGCCCUGUGUCUCGAUAUGUUUUCUCAGUCUUCAGAUAAAGUUGUCUACUACACAGCUCUACCUGUAUUAGCAAAUACUACAAACGACAGACUUGUCCUUAAAGUAAGCGGGUAUUCUUUUUCCAUCAGCAAUGAUUGUGACUUUUCAGCAAGUCGUGACGUCAGACAAAUGGCGGCGUUUGUUAAGAAUGGAAGUAUCGCCAAUGCAAAAAUCAACUGUCCGGAUUCUCUACUCGGGAUAUUUAACUACACUUAUGAUACUGGAUCCGGAAACCUUUGUACUGGCUCGACGGAACUGGAAGUGUGCAGUGACAAUGCUGAAAUGUCUUACAAUUACAGCGCAUGUGCAGAAAAACAGGGAUAUUCACAGGAUGGUAAGCUGACGUGUGUAUAUUCUGAGGAGUCCGGUGAUGAAGUAUACUUUCUUGCCAUGAACACAGAUACUACUGACCCCGAUGAAAGUACUUAUUAUAGAUUCACGUGCUAUGCAGCGUCUUUGUCAGCCAAUGAUUCGCGUGUCUCUAUGACACAGUUUCCUCAAGGUUGUCACUACUCACAAACUUCUAUCAGCGUCGUCUCUCCGGGCGCUUCGCUAGAACUCAUCUCUAGUGAAACCUGCGUUCCGACGACAUCGUCGACUGACUCUGUAAUAAGUGCUGGAUCAAUCGUCGCCAUCGUUCUGGUAACUUUAAUCAUAAUGACAGUUAUCGUCGCUGCUAUAGUCGUCGGAUGCUACAAGAAAUGGAAAGUUAAACACGUCACGCCAGCAGUGGAGCCAGUUAAAUCUCCACCAAUGAACACGUUCGACAGAGUCAAUUCUGCGUUUAGCAGAGACGGAAUGUUUGCAACGAACUCGCCGUAUCCAACGGUCAGUGAAAUGGCGAUUUGUCGCUUCGGUCCGUCUCCUAUACAGGACGAUGAUGGCGGUAUCACUUUGUGUGCCACAACCCCCGGAAUAGACGCUGAGAGGAUCACGUUAGCUCCAACAACCCCGGGGGUGACUGACGAUUAUAUGGAAAUCAAUGAGGAUGAUCAGGGUGUUCAAGAAACCGAACCUGAUCCAGAAGUCAAUGAUAGAAAUCAAGAACUAGAACCGGAACUUAAAAAUCUGCACGAAGUAGAGAAAGAUCCGGAUCAAGUAAGUUUACCGGUGUACAGUGAAGUAGGGGGUGAAACUCCAGAGCCGACGCGGCAAGCGGAAGUGGACGGUGAAGCUACAAAAUUUGACCCCUGA